AGGGCUAAGACAGGCUCCGUGCCUGCCCAGGCUCCACACACCUCCCGGAAGCGGCGUGCAUUUCUGGCCCCUGGGGCAGGGGCAGCGCAGGGAGGUUCCCCGAUUGCCCCUCUGCCUAAGUGCCGGCUCCAGGAACCACGGCCAAUGGGAGCUUUGGGGGUGACGCUUGUGGGGACAAGCAGCAUGCGGAGCCUCCUGACCCCAAAUCUCUCAUCCCUAGCUCUACCCGAGAGCCCACACCGCAGCCAGAGUCCUCCUGUGCCCCCUCUGCCUACCCCAGCCCUGAGCUCUCUCCUGCACCCCAGAUCCCUCAUCUCCAGCCCCACCCCAGAGCCCAAACCCCCUUACACAACCCAACCUCUUGCCCUAGGCCAGAGCCCCCUCCUGAACUCUGAACCCAACCCCCUGCUCCAGGCCAGUGAAAGUGAGUGAGGGUGUGGGAGAGCAAGUGAUGGCAGGAUGGAUGGAGUGAGCAGGGGUGGGGCUUCAGAGAAGGGGCAUAGCACAAAACCGAACAACUCUGCCAUCAGAAAGUUGGCAAUCCUACUCCAAACCAAAUAAUAUGAGUAUGGUACUGAUUAUCUUAUCCCUUUUCUUAUUGAAUUAAAAAACAUUUUCUGAAGCUGCCCCAGAAUUCAGCACGGCUGUGCUUAGUAAUAUGCUUUAGAAAUCUGGGAGCACUUGCCAUAGAAUUUAGGUCUAAUGUGCCUCAGAAUCUCCUGGCUGGGUCCUGACAGUGAUGGUUCAAUAGACUCUCAGUGCACUUUAUAAAUUAGAGCCUGCUUGUGGUCAUGAACUGUUAAACUUUGCCAUUUUGCAAGUAUAUCAGCCAACUAACAGAGACGUUAGAGUGGUGAUUUCAAACCACAAGAAUGGGAAACUUCAAGUGGGCAGCAGUCACCCUGUAAACAGUGUUACAAAAGCAUUUCCUGCAUUGGACUUCGGAGUGGGUAGAAGAGUGCAUGAAUGAUUAACUUUUUCUAAAUCAGUUUCAAGUUCCUUUUAUGGAAAAAAAAUAUUUUUUAAGCAUCUGCUUGUAAAGAGAGACUGUCAUCUUUGUAAAAUGGCCAUUUAAAAGAUUUACAAAGGAGCUGGAAACUGAUCGAGAGAGACAUGUUUUGUGUGAACUCAGUCAACUAUUUAAAACCAAGGAAUCUCCCUGGGGCCCCGAGGAUGCCAUUGGAAUGCAUAUGGGAAAACAAUGACUCUUGCCUUUCUCUCCCAUGUCUUCCAAUACACUUGCUUAAUUCCCUUCGGAUGGUGUUCUAACUGAAUGGACACAAAACAAUCCGUCUCUGGGAUCAUGAGUGAAGAAAAGAGCUUGGGUGUGUCCCAGAAAGUGGUGUCACCUUCAAGAAGUAUCAGCAGCUGCUCCUCUAAGCAGGGAAGUCGACAGGAUAGCUGGGAAGUUGUAGAAGGACUGCGAGGAGUCAUGAAUUAUAUCCAGGAACCACAGAAACAGGAAGGCUACCUGCUGAAAAAGAGGAAAUGGCCUCUGAAAGGCUGGCACAAGAGAUACUUCUUCUUGGACAGAGGAAUUUUGAAGUAUGCCAAGUGUCAAACUGAUGUAGAGAGAGAGAAGCUGCAUGGCUGCAUUGAUGUUGGACUUUCAGUGAUGUCUGUAAAGAAAUCAACAAAAUGUAUAGAUUUAGAUACCGAAGAAUACAUAUACCAUUUAAAGGUGAAGUCUCAGGAACUGUUUGAUGAAUGGGUAGCAAAACUGCGGCACCACAGAAUGUAUCGUCAAAAUGAAAUUGCUAUGUUUCCGCAUGAUAUCAAUAAUUUCUUCCCGGUGUCCUCUACCGCAGACUCUGUACCCAGUGUGUUCGACUCUGUCUCAAGUAGAAAGGCAGGCAGCAUGACAAAACAGAAUUCACUGCAAAUUGGAAGUAGCUUACAGUUUUCCUGUCCAAAUAGUGAGGCCAGGAUUCCCCCUUGGCUACAGUCUUCUGAGGAUAUGGAAAAAUGCUCAAAAGAUCUCUCGUAUUGUCACACAUAUUUAAUGGAAAUGAGCCAGCUGUUACAGAGCAUGGAAGUUCUCCAUAGGACAUGUUCGGCACCUGCUAUAAAUGCCAUGCAGGGUGGAUCUUUUGAAAGUCCAAAAAAGGAAAAAAGAACUCAGAGGAAGUGGCGGUCUAGAGUAAUUGGGAAAGACACUAAAGGAAUGUUGCAGGUACCUACAGUAUUUUCUGCCCCCAUGCGACUGCAUGCUUCCAAUCCUAAUUUAUCUACAAUAGAUUUUGGGGAAGAGAAAAAUUACUCUGGCUGUGAAACAUCAGAAUUUUCUAAAAUGCAAGAAGACUUGUGUCACAUUACACAUAAAGCUUACUUCACCUUAAAGUCGGCUUUUAGUACAAUCUCAGUUGAAAGAGAGAAACUGAAGCAGCUGCUGGAACAUGAUGCAGCCUCAUCUCCAUCUGCACAAAUAGCUGGGUUGAAGAAUGCCUUAUCAUCCGCCAUAGCACAAAACACAGAUCUUAAAGACCGGUUACACAGAAUACAUGCCGAGUCUAUGCUCCUUGAUUCAGCAGCUAAUGCAAAAUCAAGUCCCGAUCUGGUGAAGGAAAAUGCAAGAGAAGGAAGUCGAAGCCUGGUUCACCAGCUCUCCAAUGAAAGUAGACUGUCUGUCACGGACUCGCUGUCAGAGUUUUUUGAUGCUCAAGAAGUCCUUCUGUCUGCAAGUUCUUCAGAAAACGAGGUAUCGGAUGAUGACUCAUAUGCCAGUGAUAUAAGUGAUAACAUCUCUGAGGAUAACCUAAGUAACGACAUUGAGAAUGAAAGGCAGACUUUGGAUUGCAUUCCUGAAAGUGGAAUAGGAAGCCAUUCCAAGCGGAGAACGUGUUUGCCGGCUCCAUGUCCUAACACCAGUAACAUCAGCCUAUGGAAUAUCCUGAAAAAUAAUAUAGGGAAAGAUCUCUCCAAAGUGGCCAUGCCUGUUGAGUUAAAUGAGCCACUUAACACUCUUCAGCGACUUUGUGAAGAACUGGAAUACAACGAACUUCUGGAUAAAGCAGCACGUACCCCGAAUUCAUUUGAAAGGAUGGUGUACGUGGCUGCUUUUGCAGUAUCUGCAUAUGCGUCCAGUUACUACAGGGCUGGGAGUAAGCCAUUUAAUCCGGUGCUUGGAGAAACCUAUGAAUGUGUCCGGGAAGAUAAGGGCUUCCAAUUUUUUUCAGAACAGGUCAGUCAUCACCCACCAAUAUCUGCAUGUCAUGCUGAAUCUGUGAAUUUUGCUUUUUGGCAAGAUGUGAGAUGGAAAAACAAAUUCUGGGGAAAGUCCAUGGAAAUCGUUCCAGUUGGUACAACACAUAUAACUCUGCCAGCUUUCAGAGACCAUUUUCAGUGGAAUAAGGUGACUUCUUGUAUCCAUAACAUCUUAAGUGGGCAAAAAUGGAUUGAACACUACGGAGAGAUCAUCAUCAAAAACCUGAAUGACGACACUUGUCUCUGCAAACUGACUUUCUUAAAGGCAAAAUAUUGGAAUCCUAAUAUGCAUGAGAUCGAAGGCAGUGUCAUGGACAGAGAUGGGAAAGUAGUGCAUCGGCUUUUUGGGAAAUGGCACGAGAGUAUAUACUGUGGGACCCAGUCUUCACCAACCUGCAUAUGGCGAGCAAAUCCCAUGCCUAAAGAUUAUGAGCAGUGUUAUGGAUUUACACAGUUUGCAUUAGAGUUAAAUGAACUGGACCCACAGAGUAGGCCAUUCCUACCACCUACAGACACACGAUUUAGGCCAGACCAAAGGUUUUUAGAGGAAGGGAAUAUUGAAGGAGCUGAAAUGCAAAAGCAGAGGAUUGAACAGUUGCAGAGAGAACGGCGAAAGGUUCUAGAAGAAAACAAUCUGGAGCAUCAACCUAGAUUUUUCAGGAAAUCCACAGAUGACUCCUGGGUGAGCAAUGGAACAUACAUGGAUCUUAGAAAAGACCCUGGUUUUUCCAAAAUGGACAAUCCUGUUCUCUGGUGAAAGAGGACCUUAGAAGAGGCUCAGCUGUAUUUCUGAUUUGUGCGCGUGUACUGCAUCACACUUUGCGUACCUUCUAGAAUAGUGCUUCAUUUAGAAUUUGACAUAUAUAUUUUCCUCAUUUGAUUUCUUUACUAUUUGAUUGUUACCAUGAUUGUCUGAAAUGUAUAAAAAACUGUUUAUAAAAACUUUUUAAUAAAAUAAACAUUAUUGAAUGUUAGUGGCUGGGCUGGGAAGGGGAGAAAAAGAAGCUUUAACACUACUUUUCCAAAGGGUAAUAAUGCAAGUUCAGUUUUAAUGUAUGCCUUAUUGAAUUAUAAAGGAGAAAAUAUCAGCCUCUCUUGGCUGUGCUAAGAAACAUGAAUGGAAGCCAUGGUUACGUGAACUUAAGUGGGUUACUAAGGUUGGAAUGAGUAGUUCAGCUGUCUCUUGCCUCAGACAGCUUUUAAUUACUGAAACAAAGCGAGUCUGCUCGUGCUGGAGUCUGAAUAAACUUUUUAUUUUUUUCUGUAGAAAUUAAAUAAAUUCCUGUUUUUAUUUGCUUGUCACUAUUGAAAGGGGUAAUAGUGAGCUUGUAUUCGUGAUUCUCCUGCCUUAGACAAUUUUACUCUGCUACUCAUAACACUAGAAGAUCAGGAAUCACAACCAAAUCUUCUCAUCAGGAAUCUUCAAAUGUACAGCCCCAAAAAAGUCUUGGUUAAUGCUUGAGCACUGUCCAGAUGAAAGAAGACCUUUCUCUCUCUUUUCCAGUAAAUAAAAUCGACAUAGAGAACGAAAUCUAAUGCUUCCAUAGCUGGACUUCUUUUAUUUAUCUAAAAAAAAUCACAACAGGGAUACUUUUUAAAAACUUAGUAAAUUUGUUGUGUUAAGAGUAACAGAUGUUUUCUUAAAUAAAUUUUUGAUAUAUUCUACCUCUUAUUAUAAGCAGCGUAUUUAAGAUCUUGUAUUAAAAAAAAAAAAAGACCAUCUGCCUUAUUACAUGUAUGGACUCAAUUGAUCUUCAUUUAAAUGCUUCCUGUGUUCAGAUAAAUAUUUAAGUGUCUUGCACUAAAUUGGUUGAAUCUCUUUUUUUCUGUACUCUUUGUACAUAAGUAGUAUUAUCAUGCAUAUCAGAAGUAUGUCUAUCAAACUGCUGCAGAAAAUAGAUGUAUGGAAUAUUACACAUUUGAGUGGAGGUGGUGGGGUGUUCCCUCUUCCCUCAAAAUCAAAGUAAUACAGUAGCACAUGUAGCGAAACAAAUUGUAUUCUCAAAACCAUUUACAUUCCUGGCCAAACUAGACCCCAAGCCUGAUCCACCUCUUCUAGGUCUAUUGCAUGCAAACCCUGUGCGAGACUCUCUGUGGUAACAACACUGAGAGGUUUCAACUGGUUUAAAUUUUCAAAAUAAAACAAAAGGUAAAUUAUUAGUGGAGGUUUUGAGAUUGUACAAAUUAAAACACGAAUGAGUCAAAAAUUGUUGCUAUGUUUAACCAAUUUAUUACUGGUGUAAGUUGCAGCUAAGGGAGAAGAAGACUUAAGAGAGAUCAACAGCUUCGAAAAACUUCCAAUUUACUGUGUUCUGAUGCAGUCUUAAAGAAAACUCUUUAAAUAGUGGAUCUGUUUACUGCAAGUUUAUUGUAUCAUGUAUAACAUUAAACAAGUGAUAUAAAACUGCAUUUUAAAACUGUU